UUAUCAUGCUGUCAUUUUCCUUCACGUAAACAAAUGGUUUAUUUUCGUUUAUUUUAUAAAAUCUAUUUCAUUUUCACAUAAGUGAAUAUUAGGGACCAAUGCAUUGCAUUAUUUUGAUUUAAAAACAAGCACUAUUUUCAAAGAUCUGGUGACAAUUUCUUGAAAAACUCCUAACUUAAGUUUGUGAUAAUUCGUGACAAAAAUUUUCGAGUCAGCUCAGUGACUCCGAUUAGCAGUGAAGAUACCACGUUUGCAAAAUUUAUCAAUUAUUGAACUUACCAAGGUAGGUACAGAAAACGAUACAUGUGCGAUCCACAUGACUGUCCGAUGAUCUACAGAUAUAUGCGGCGACGAAAGGGACACAUUUUAUUAAUUGUUACCUCACUCGUGGUGUUAUAUGUAUGGACAGAUACGUUUGACACGUACACAGAUUACGGAAGAGAUGAGAAUGAACUAAACUGUAAAUUUCCAUGUAUCGGACAGUUUUGUAUGUACUGUCGUACACCUGCACCAACAACUAUCAAAGUGAUCAAUAUCGCAGAACACUUAAAUCUUAAACAAGCUCUCAGGGGAUAUAGAUCUGAAUCAAACUCAACCAAGAAUGUUUCAUCUUCGGAACAAGUUUGUAAAAGACCUAGUUUUGAUUUGAAACAUGAUAGUGUUAAAUAUGCCUUUUUUAAAAUGGCCCCAUUGAAUUGCUCAAAAGAAGAGUUAUUCUAUUUAGAAGACAAUGUAUUUAAAUUUAACAAAACACAGCUUGGCAACAGAGAAUUAGAGAAAUGUAUGUAUUAUGGAGUUGAAAGAGUGUCUGAUGAUUUUGCAUCAUAUACGGAAGCUUUGACAAAGGAAAGUGAACCGUUUGAUUUGGUUCUCAUGCACGACUUUGUAAGAAUCAAAUGUUUCUUGAAGAAAGACAAAGAAGCUGAAGAAAAAGAUAUUAAAUUUGACAGCGAAAAUGAAGAACAACAUAAUCAAAAUAAUGAUAUUCCUGACAAUCUUGAAGAGGAAAUGAGAAAUAAGAUAAAAGUGAAUUAUUCAAAUAUUGAUACUAAUUUUGGAUUAAAAAACAAUACCGUCAAAAUUAAAGAUGAAGGUGAAGUGAAUGUGCAGGGGGUAUAUAGAGCCCGGGCAUUAAUGGACUAUGGCCAUUAUGAUGAACUGGAGAGUUUUGAUGCUGACAACAAUACAUACCUUGGCAAUAACUAUGACAAUUAUUUUAGGCAUUAUUGGGGGGACGAUACUUUUCAGUUUGAUGAGCCAGCUGAUUUUGAACAACUUUUUGUGCAAGUAAAUGCCAAGCCAGAAGUUUUUGAACGAAUUGCAAACAAAAUAUCAAGUAGACUGACGCAGAGGAAAAUGAAUGUAUUGAUGUUUGGUUUAGAUUCUAUGUCACAUUUGUCGUACCAAAGGAAGUUACCAAACACGUAUAAGUACCUGAUGGAGCUCGGAGCCGUUGUAAUGGAUGGUUAUAACAUUGUUGGUGAUGCCACAACUGCAGCUCUUAUCCCAAUGUUAACAGGUAAAACUGAGAUGGAACUUCCGGAGGUGAGGAAAAACCAGUUUGAUUCUGAUGUGGUUGAUGUCUAUCCACUAGUAUGGAACAAAUAUCAGGAAAGAGGGUAUGUGACCAUGUUUGGAGAAGAUGAACCCAGUAUCGGGGUGUUUAAUUUACGAUUGAACGGUUUUAGAGACCCACCAACAGACCAUUACAUGAGACCAUUCUGGCAAGCAUUGUGGGAUAGUGAAUUACGGAAGGAAAGUCAACGUUACUGCACAGGAAACACACCAAAUCAUAUGUACUUAAUUAAGUAUAUGAAAGAUUUUUUCGAAAAGUAUGACAAUGUUUCAAAAUUCGCUUUUAUGUUUGGGAGUGAACUGACACAUUGGGAUAACAACCCUGGAGAAUACAUGGACGAUGAUUUUGUUGGAUUAUUUAAGUUUUUAAAACUGAAAGGUCAUUUAGAAAACACUGUUCUUAUAGUGUUUGGUGACCAUGGUGCAAGAUACAGCAAGGUUCGUUAUACAGUUCAGGGAAAGAUGGAAGAAAGACUUCCGCUUAUGUCGCUUACAUUCCCAAAAUGGUUUCGCGUAAAAUAUCCACAUUUAUUUAAGAAUCUCAAAAAAAAUUCCAAUAAACUUACCACUCCAUUUGAUAUACAUGAAACUUUACUCGAUAUCUUGGAUCUCAGACGAACCAUAUCUCGAACUAGGCGGAAACAGCGAGGAAUAAGCUUAUUAGAUCAAGUUCCACCAGAGCGCACAUGCUCAGAUGCAAAUAUAGACAUACACUGGUGCACGUGUCUUAAACAGCUAGAGCUUGAUGCUAGAGACAAACACGUGCAGCAGUCUGUGAAAGCUUUAAUGAAUUUUCUCAAUAAGGAGACCAAAAGAAUGAGACAGUUUUGUAUGGAACUGAAAUUUAAUAAAUUACUCCAUGCAUUUCUUCUUGUUCCAAAUGAAAAGGUACUGAUGUUUCUACAUUCCAAGGACGAUGAUAACCGAGUUGCUAAUUUCACAAGUGAUGUUAAUGUAGACCACGCCCACUUUCAGAUUACCAUAGAAACUUUACCGAAUCACGGUUUAUAUGAAAGUACUGUGCAGGUAAAUAUGACGUCAGGCAUGUACACUGUGAUUGAAACAGAAAUUAGUCGUCUUGACAUGUACGGAAGUCAGCCAGCUUGCAUCCAGGAAAAAUAUCCAGAUCUACGCAAAUACUGCUACUGCAAAAAUCAGGAGUCAGAAAAAAAGAACAGCACCAGAGCCCUGUGAGCACCACCAGAGCCCUGUGAACACCACCAAAGACUGUCAUUUGCCAACAUAUCUGAUUACAGUCAGUUUUAAAUUAGAGAAAAGUUUUGUAUCCUGUAGUUUAAAAAGUUGAAAUGUUGAAAGAAAAAAGUAAAAGGGUGUUGAAGUUUUUAACAUUGUAAAUCAGGGCACCCUCUGACAUUUUGCUUUUGUCACCAAUGAGAAAUGUUCUGGGAAGUUAGGAAAUAAUUUUUUAGAGUUGUGGCUAUUUUUUUACUUACUUUGAAGUCAUUGUUAUUAAUGAAAUACUAACAUAAAUGGAUUUUGAGGUUGUGCGGAUCCAUGAUAUGAAAUCCACCAAAUAAAUAAAAGUCCCAUUUGUGUUAUCUUUAACACAUGAAAACCAUAGACAUACAUAUGCAAGAAUUAGUCCCUUUAGCAAACAGCAUCAGGUCUUUGAACGAAAUACCGGUAAAGCUUUUUCACAAUAAUAAACCUUCAUUGUAAACAACUGGCUCUAAUUUAUUUAUCAAAAAUGUGGAUAGGCCUAUAUAGGCAUUAUUAAUGAUAUGGUAUUUUUAUAUUAUAUAUUUGAAUCAUGUUACACAGAAAGGUUUUUCAAAGGGUAAAAUUAUUUUUAGAAUCUCAAUUCAUGCAGAGGCAAAAGAAAGAAAAUUAGAAUUAAUUCUUGCAGGUCUUUACUUCAAAAGAUGUAUCGGCUUGAAAUUCUCCCUGGUCAGCAUACUAAGAUUUCCUGAUAUUACAGGUGGAUGCUUAAUACAGGUCAUUUUGCCUGGAAUAUAGGGAAAUAUAUGUUUGAAAAUGUCCCUGUUUAAGACAAGUAUCUACUUUAAAAAAUGGCUGCUGGCUAGCAUAGGUUCUGUGAACUUGUCUGGCAUGAUCGUAUUUUUGAUCAUAGUUGUCAGUCCUGGUAUAGGUUGACAGUACUUAGGACUGGUAUUUACAUUAUCCGUGUUGUAGUGUAGUUACAGAUUUUUGACUAUUUUGUCAGUUGUAACCUGUGAAUACUCUUAUUCUAUGCAAAAGUCGUUUGUUGAUAAUGUUUUUGUCCAAUCUCUCACAGGGUUGACAUUCUUUACACUCACUUUUAUUGCUAUAAACAUUUACACAAUAGUAUGCUUCAUGGGAUAACUAUGGACUGCUUGACAGUUGUCAUUCAAUUGGUGGAUGUCAGGUCAAACACAUUGAAAGAGAACAAAAUAAUGAACCAAUCAAGUUUAUGAUACCUGCUUGUUCAAAAUCUGAGUAUGAACAAAAUUACUGGGUUUAGAUAUUGACUAAGGUGAUAUCUCUUAAAGUAGAAGAAUGACAACUCUGGUAGUAUUUUUUCCUGACGGUACAUGUAUAUAGUAUAAUAUUGAUGUAAGUGUCAUGAAAUUUGUUCAGAAAUACUAGAUUUUACAGAUUUGUAGCUUAAACACUUAUAAAUCUUUAUGUUUAUAUCAGGCAGAAUCUCAACUAAUUGAAAAUUCAAGUAACAAUAAACUGUUCAUAAAAGCUAAGAAAAGCAGUUAUGACCACAUAACAGUUCUAAUGAUGUUUAUGAAUGAAGAUCCUUGUUAGUGUGAUGGUACUAGCAUAUCUGUAAGGUUGUUAGAGGAAGUACUUGAUGUAAAUUUGUUUUUUAUUGUCAAAACCAAACAAAUCAAAAUGUCCCCCACUUACCUGGGUCCAGUAUUAUAAUAAAAUCUAUAAGAUGAAACGUUUAUAGACCAGUCUUAAACUAACAGUUUCAGCCCCUGAUUGGCUAAUUGAUUCUAAGGACAGUCUUGAAAUUGACCAAUGUUAGGAUUGUAUUUCAAGGCUGGUCUGAAAACUCUAGUUUUGUAAUCCUAUAGUCUAUUAAUUGAUUACUAGUAUACAAGGGUUGAUCCAAAAGCAAUGCCAUUGAGGCCAUAUGAACAUUUGUAAUGAAAACAUAGCAACAAAAAUUCAUAUCCAUGUGCAUUGAUCUAUUUGCAGUAUUUUUGGAACUAUUCAUAAAUAAUAUUGAGCAUUCAUCAAGAUAUCAACUUCAGUUGAAAGCAUUGUUACGAUGAAUGCUGCAUGUAACUGGUGUUAUUAACAUCAGAUAUGGCAUUUUUUCACUAAGCAUUUACAAGGGCUAGCACUACUUCGCAAACUUUAACAUGCAAUGACAACAUGAAAGUUUUAAUGGCAUGUGGCAGAGAGACUUUACUUCACAUCCUUAUGAUAUCAUAUGAUUUUUUUUAUUGAAUCUCCAUGUAUUUAAAAUGAAAAGAACUUAUAGACAAUAAUGACUUGUGUAAUCAGUAGUGAAUAGCCUAAAUCUGAAUGUAGUUUUCAUAAUAAUGCAACGAUGAAUUAUUACACCACCGACACAGUGACAUUACUCAUAAUUUAUAUGGAACUGUACAUAACAUCGUGUUCAGUAUUUACAUAUAUGAUUUAAAGAUUCUAUUUAGCUUUUUGUUUACAGAUUUUACAUUGCUUAAUGUUCUGUCAUAAGGAAUUUAUAUGUUGGUAUUGUUUAGAGGAGUGAUAGCAAUCUCUGUUAAAUUAUCAUACUUCUAAUCAUGUCGUUUAUAUGUUAAUAUAAUUAUGUACCUAUAUAGGGACCAAUAAAAAUGGCACAACAGGGAAAAAUAUUGGAAGUGAAAAUUUUUAAACUAUUAUAUAAUUAUUAUCUUAUAUGGUCAGUUUGUGGCAUUAAUUGGUGAUAUUUACGUCAUUUGAAGAUCUGCUUUUUAUCUUUUAUUUUUUGUUUGUGCUUUGUCUUUAAGGUAAUGGACCUGUAAUAGCAUUCGUCAAUUUCUGUGUGAUUUCAUAUUCUCGUCUGCUACUUGUGCAUUCUUCAGCCGUGAAUUUGGUUCAUGCAUGGAAUGGUUUCAGUGACAAGCAGAAAAUGCCAUAUCACAUACAGGGAAUAUAUAAUUUAGCAGAAAUUACCGAUUAUCAUAAUGGGUUCGCUACCUUAAUGGUUUUUAUAGGUAAAAAUGAAUUUGUCUCAGGACAGGUUUAACACAUACUGGUUUAACACAUACUGGUACUUUUUAAAGUUGCAUUUGAUAUAAACCUUUUGAAAUGUGAAUUUUUGAAAAUCAUUCCAUAUCAGUAACUGAAGACAGCUUCAGUCCGUGGCCAUCAGUAUAUUGUCAUAUUACUCAUAAGGUCAUAGGCCAGGAUUUAGAAAUGAUACAAGAUUGUGAUUAAGUAGAGAAUGCUAGGGUCUACUAACAUUUAACUUCAAAGGAUGUUUUGGACACAAAGUGACCUGCUGAUUUUGUCAUCAGUCACAGUAUGCAAAACUGAAAUUACACAAUCAUCCACUUACCUCAAAAAGGUCAUCAUGAAGGUUAUAUUUUUAGCUCACUUGUCACAUAGUGACAAGGUGAGCUUUUGUGAUCACCCUCCGUCCGUCGUCAGUCCGAAAGGGCCAGAAUUAGCUAUUUUGACCUUGUCUGCACAAUAGCAGCUUCAUUUAUGAUUUUAUUUUAACCAAACUUGCACACAACCUGUAUCACCGUAAGAUCUUGGUUCCUUUCUUGAACUGGCCAGAUCCCAUCAUGGGUUCCAGAGUGAUUCCAGAAUUAGCUAUUUUGACCUUGUCUGCACAAUAGCAGCUUCAUUUAUGAUUUGAAUUUAAUCAAACUUGCACAAAACUUGUGUUACCAUAAGAUCUCGGUUCCUUUCUUGAACCGGCCAGAUCCCAUAAUUGGUUCCAGAGUUAUGGCCCCUGAAAGGGCCAAAAUUAGCUAUUUCGACCUUGUCUGCACAAUAGCUGCUUCGUUUAUGAUUUGAUUUUAACCAAACUUGCACACAACUUGUAUCACCACAAGAUCUUGUUCCUUUCUUGAACUGGCCAGAUUCCAUUAUGGGUUCCAGAGUAAUGGCCCCUGAUAGGGCCAGAAUUAGCUAUUUUGACCUUGUCUGCACAAUAGCAGCUUCAUUUAUGAUUUGAAUUUAAUCAAACUUGCACAAAACUUGUGUCACCGUAAGAUCUCGAUUCUUUUCUUGAACCGGCCAGAUCCCUUAAUGGGUUCCAGAGUUAUGGCCCCUGAAAGGGCCAAAAUUAGCUGUUUUGACCUUGUCUGCACAAUAGCAGCUUCAUUUAUGAUUUGAUUUUAACCAGACUUGCACACAACUUGUAUCACCAUAAGAUCUUGAUUCCUUUUUAUACGCCCGAAGGGACGUAUUAUGUUAUCGCCUUGGUGUCCGUCUGUCUGUCUGUCUGUUGGUUAGCAAUUUCCCUUCCGCUCUGUAACUCUUGAACCCCUUGAAGGAUUUCAAAGAAACCUGACACAGAUGUUCACCUCAUCGAAAUGACGUGCAGAGUGCAUGUUUCGGAUGGCUCACUUCAAGGUCAAGGUCACACUUAGGGGUCAAAGGUCAUAUGACUUUGUUUUGUGUGUAUAUUGCUCUGCAUUUGCGUUGCAUUGCAGUGCUCUUGUUUUUAUUUGGCAGAUCCUUCUUUUGUUCACUUACGAUAAAUUUUUUUAAUUACUUCCCUUUUAUUAGCCCACCAUCAGAUGGUGGGCUAUUCAAAUCACUCUGCGGCCGUGGUCCGUCCGUUAACAAUUUCUCGUUAUCGCAUCUUCUCAGAAACUACUGGGGGGAUUUUGACCAAACUUUGUCAGAAUGAUGUAUUGUUACCCUAGUUGUGUCCCCCUGAAAAUCAGACUGGUUCAACAAUUUUUGAGUGAGUAAAUAAUGGCCCUUUGUUUAUUUUUAUAAUUUACAUAGACUUAUAUAGGGAAAAACUUUGAAAAUCUUCUUGUCCAAAACCACAGGGCCUAGGGCUUUGAUAUUUGGUAUGUAGCAUCAUCUAGUGGUCCUCUACCAAGAUUGUUAAAAUUAUUUCCCUGGGGUCAAUUAUGGCCCUGCCCCAGUGGUCACAUGGUUUACAUAGACUUAUAUAGGGAAAAACUUUGAAAAACCUCUUGUCCAAAACCACAGGGCCUAGGGCUUUGGUAUUUUGUAUGUGACAUCAUCUAGUGGUCCUCUACUAAGAUUAUUCAAAUUAUUCCCCUAGGGUCAAAUAUGGCCCCGCCCUGGGGGUCACAUGGUUUACAUACACUUAUUUAGGGAAAAACUUUGAAAAUCUUCUUGUCCAAACCACAAAGCCUAGGGCUUUGAUAUUUGUAAUGUAGCAUCAUCUAGUGGUUCUCUAUUAAGUUUGUUCAAAUUAUCCCCCUAGGGUCAAAUAUGGCCCCGCCCUGGGGGUCACAUGGUUCAUAUAGACUUAUCUAGGGAAAAACUUUUAGAAUCUUCAUGUCCAUAACCUACAACAUUCAAAUUUGGACCACAUGUAUAGUUUUGAGUGGCAAGAUGAACCUUGGCAUGAGUUGACCUUGAUCUUGACCUAGUGGCCUACUUUCACAUUUCUGUAGCUACAGCCUUCAAAUUUGGACCACAUGCAUAGGUUUGUGUACCGAAACAAAUUUUGACCUUGACAUUGACCUAAUGACCUACUUUCACAGUUUUGAAGGUACAGGCUUCAAAUUUGGACCACAUGCAUAGUUUUGUGUUCCAAAAUGAAAUUUGACCUUGAUUUUGACCUAGUGACCUACUUUUACAUUUUCAAGCUACAGCCUUCAAAUUUGGACCACAUGCAUAGCUUUGUGUACCGAAAUGAACUUUGAUCUUGAGAUUGACCUAGUGGCCUACUUUCACAUUUCUGAAGCUACAGGCUUCAAAUAUGGACCAAAUGCAUAUUUUUGUGUUCUGAAUUGAAAUUUGACAUUGAUUUUUACCUAGUACCUACUUUCACAUUUCUCAAGCUACAGCCUCCAGAUUUGAAGCACAUGCAUAGUUCUGUGUACCGAAAUGAACUUUGACCUUGAAAUUGAUCUAGAGACCUACUUUCACAUUUCUCAAGCUACAGCUUUCAAAUUUGGAUCACAUGCACAGUGUUGUGUACCGAAAUGAAAUUUGACCUUGAUUUUGACCUUGAACUAUUCUUGAAAUUUGGAACAUUCAAAAAUGGCUCAAUGGUGGGCACCAAGAUCACUCUGUGAUCUCUUGUAUUACUAUAAAUAGCUUAUUUAGUAACUUUUUUAUUAUUGGCCAUAUGGAAAAACCCGAGACCACUUUUCUGUGGUACAACAUGGAUGGUACCUCCAAUUUUUAGGUGUAUUUUGACAUAUCUGCCUUGUAAGAAUUUUUCUUUUCUUUUUGGUUAAAUUUCUUCCCGUUGUUGUUCCUGUCCUUUGGACUUACGGCUAUAUAGAAAACUGAUUUCAAAACAAUUUUACACAAGACUAGUGUUCCUUGGGUGACCCUUUACUAUAUUCCUUCAAAUAAUUUUGAUUCAGCGAAAAACAUGGCCCCGCAAGGGGUUUUGCUUAUUUUCCCUAUAUGCCUAUAUAAAACUUUGAAAAUCUUUUUGUCAGAAACUGCUGGUCCAUUUUCAAAAUAAUUUUACACAAAUGUUUCUUGGGUGACCCUCUACCAAAUUCCUUCAAAUAAUUUUGAUUCAUUGAAGAAGUGGCCGCCUGGGGGAGGGGCUCAUUUUCCCAUAUGGCUAUACAGAAAACUUCUUAUAUGAAACUACUGGCCUGAUUUGAAAAUAAUUUUAUUGAAGUAACUUUAAGAAAAUUUCAACUAUAUUUUCUCAUAAUUCUUUUGAUUGAUCUUGAUUAUGAUUUUUUGACCGUCUUGUCCUUAAGUGCAAUGAUAACAGGUGAGCGAUAUAGGGCCAUUAUGGUCCUCUUGUUGUGUCAUGUUUUGGAAGAGUGGUUGACAACUUCUUAUCUGCCUGUAUAGAGGGAGGUAAUUGAUAUAUAGUACUGAAGUUAAUUGAAAACUAGAAAUGUGUCACAGACACGGAUGGCCCCGCAACAUGAGAAAGGUCACAGGCAUGGUACUGCUCACAAACUAAAAGAAGAACCCUUAGCCCUGUUUAUUUACAAAAGAAAAUAUUGUAGGAAAACCAGAAAAUUCAGUAAUCUGUAUAUGUAGUGAAAAUUGGCAAAGUUCAACCAAGGACUGUGACCUUGACCUUUGAGCUAGUGAAAUGGUUUUUGCACAUCACACAUCGUCUACCCAUGCUUAUCGUUUGUGUCAAAUUAUUUUGAAAUCGGACAAUGCCUGUCAAAGUUAUGUCCCAGACACGAACACCAUCCUUUCACACAAACACACAUAUGGACAGGGGUAACACUAUAUGCCGCCCUUCCCCCCACCCCCCAUUUUAUGGCGUGGGCAUAAAAAAAAUGUGAAAAGUUAGGAAUUUUUUACAGACAGAUAUAUAUAUAUGUGAUUUAUGAAUGUAUAACAUUCCAUUGUUAGCUCACCUGAGCAAUGCUCAGGUGAGUUUUUCUGAUCGCUCGAUGUCCGGCGUCCGUCGUCUGUCGUCUGUCGUCUGUCAACAUUUAGCUUGUGUAUGCGAUAGAGGCUGUAUUUUUCAAUUAAUCUUCAUGAAUAUUGGUCAGAAUGAUAACCUUGAUGAAAUCUAGGCCGAGUUCGAAAAUGGGUCAUUUCGGGUCAAAAACUAGGUCACUAGGUCAAAUCAAAGAAAAACCUUGUGUAUGCGAUAGAGGCUGUAUUUUUCAUUUAAUCUUCAUGAAUAUUGGUCAGAAUGAUAACUUUGAUGAAAUUUAGGCCGAGUUCGAAAAUGGGUCAUCUCGGGUCAAAAACUAGGUCACUAGGUCAAAUCAAAGAAAAACCUUGUGUAUGCGAUAGAGGCUGUAUUUUUCAUUUAAUCUUCAUGAAUAUUGGUCCGAAUGAUAACUUUGAUGAAAUCUAGGCCGAGUUCGAAAAUGGGUCAUCUCGGGUUAAAAACUAGGUCACUAGGUCAAAUCAAAGAAAAACCUUGUGUAUGCGAUAGAGGCGGUAUUUUUCAAUUAAUCUUCAUGAAUAUUGGUCAGAAUGAUAACCUUGAUGAAAUCUAAGCCGAGUUCGAAAAUGGGUCAUCUCGGGUCAAAAACUAGGUCACUAGGUCAACUCAAAGAAAAACCUUGUGUAUGCGAUAGAGGCUGUAUUUUUCAAUUCUUCUUAAUGAAUAUUGGUCAGAAUGAUAACCUUGAUGAAAUCUAGGCCGAGUUCGAAAAUGGGUCAUCUCGGGUCAAAAACUAGGUCACUAGGUCAACUCAAAGAAAAACCUUGUGUAUGCGAUAGAGGCUGUAUUUUUCAAUUGAUCUUCAUGAAUUUUGGUCAGAAUGAUUGCCUUGAUGAAAUAAAGGCCGAGUUCGAAAAUGGGUCAUCUCGGGUCAAAAACUAGGUCACUAGGUCAAAUCAAAGAAAAACCUUGUGUAUGCAAUAGAGGCAGUAUUUUUCAAUUGAUCUUCAUGAAUUUUGGUCAGAAUGAUAUCCUUGAUGAAAUCUAGGCCGAGUUCGAAAAUGGGUCAUCUGGGGUCAAAAACUAGGUCACUAGGUCAUAUCACAUAAAAACCUUGUGUAUGCGAUAGAGGCUGUAUUUUUCAAUUGAUCUUCAUGAAUUUUGGUCAGAAUGAUUACCUUGAUGAAUUUAGACCAAGUUCGAAAAUGGGUCGACUGGGGUCAAAAACUAGGUCACUAGGUCAAAUCAAAGAAAAACCUUGUGUAUGCAAUAGAGGCUGUAUUUUUCAACUGAUCUUCAUGAAAUUUAGCCAGAAUGAUUACCUUGAUAAAAUCUAGGCCGAGUUCGAAAAUGGGUCAUCUGGGGUCAAAAACUAGGUCACUAGGUCAAAUCGAAGAAAAACAUUGUGUAUGCAAUAGAGGAUGUAUUUUUCAAUUGAUCUUCAUGAAAUUUGGUCAGAGUGAUUGCCUUGAUGAAAUCUAGAUCGAUUUUGAAUAUGGGUUAUCUGAGGUCAAAAACUAGGUCACUACGUCAAAUUAAAGAAAAAUCUUGUGUAUGCGAUAGAGACUGUUUUUUUCAAUUGAUUUUUAUGAAAUUUGAUCAGGUUGAUUGCCUUAAUGAAAUCUAGGUCGAAUUUGAAUAUGGGUCAUCUGAGGUCAAAAACUAGGUCACUUGGUCAAAUCGAAGAAAAAACUUCUGUAUGUGAUAGAGGCUGUAUUUUUCAGUUGAUCUUCAUGAAUUUUGGUCAGAAUGAUUGCCUUGAUAAAAUCUAGGUCGAGUUUAAACAUGGGUCAUCUAGGGUCAAAAACUAGGUCAUAUCUAAGAAAAUGCUUGUUUUAUCGCAAGAGACCAAUUUUUUGGUCCAAUCUUAAUGAAAAUUGGUCAGAAUAUUUGUUUCCAUGAAAUCACUAGGUCAAACCUGUUUUACACUGUUAUGGAGUGUUUCUUAGGUGAGCGACCUAGGGCCAUCUUGGCCCUCUUGUUUUAGUAUGUGAUAGAAUGUUUUAUGUAUAAAAUUGUGGGCUUUAACAUAAUUAGGUUAGUUAUGUCUUGAUAUAUUUUAUAUGAUUUAAUUUUUCAUUAAUGUAAAAUCCAGUUGUUUUUUUAGUAUUUUAUGUCUGCAGAUGGUUAACAGAAAGCUGUGAUGACUUGUUCUUAAAAUUCAAUCAUUUAUGACAGUUUUCUAUUCAGACCUUUUCUGAAAUGGAACUGUAUGAAAUACUUACCAAGUUAACUUACAUAGACCUUUAAAUUUGUAGAUACCUUCAGUCCUUUUAUCAGUUUUAGUUUGCCUAUACAAAAUAUAUCUAGAGCUGUCCUACUCACUCUUGCACCAGCAUCUGUGUCCAUAUUCCUGGUUGCAUGAGACAAAGGUCGUUAACUGGUUACUUCUGUCUUCACUUGUUUCACAUUAAAUCUAGUACAAGUUCAGGGUGACUGAAGAGCAAAGUUGGCCAAAUUUAACUCAUCAAUGGGUUGCUUCCAGCUGCUAGCAUCUCUUCACAUCCGCAGCCAUCUGGAAUCCCGCACAGCAGUCACAUACUUUUGACUGCCUGUCACUUCUAUUGACCCAAAUGUCUGGUAGCAGUUCCCAUACAAAUGUUGUAGGAAACCCUUUGCAUCUAACUUCAACACGGUAACUAAACACCGUCCAUCUUGCCGGGCUGCUCUACUGUCUUCCCCCUGGUGGCAGAUAUCCUUCUGGACAAGUGACCUUUACUGUUCUUCUGGCAGAUUCCUGUCAAAGUCACUCUCAGACUGCUCCACAGCUACACUUUCUGCUCAUUUACCAGUCUUUACAUUUAUCCCAGCUCUUUAUAUAAUGGUGGUAUCAUAUGGCUUAGGGGCCAUAACUCUGGCACCAGUAUUUGAUGAAAUAUGCCCCUUUUUACUUAGGACUUCAGUUUAAAAUUUUGAUGCUCUUUCACUCUUUCUCUGUAACUACUGAACAGAUUUAAUCGAACUUAAAAUAGUUGCUCCACAUCAUCAUUUAUAUCAAUAUGAGGUCUAUAAGGGACAUGAAGUGUAAAUGUAUAUGACAGAUAUUUUCUUGGAUGGAAGGUGGACAGGGGGUGAAGGGGGUUCCUUGCUUGGGUUCCCCUCCUUUUCAAAUUUAUUUUGGUUACCCCUCCUACAUGCAUACUUAAUUUCCUCUGAUAAAGCAGCAUUAUCCAGGAUCGAAAUAGUACACCGUCCCCUCGGACAGCUCUUGUUUAAAUCAUGAUGCAUAAACUUCAACAAGUCAUUUUUAUAGAAUGACAGCAUGAAAUGUUUGAUAGAAUAGAAGAAAACUAUAAAUAGAAUUCUUUACAUAAUGCAAUAUUAAACUUAAGGUUUUGAAAUCCAGUACCGGUUCUGUGCCAUUUUAUGUUUUGAAUUGAUUUUAUUUCUUUUCAGAUGUUGAGAAAUUAUUUUUGUUAGUUUAGAUUUGUGUUUUUACAGACACUGUAGCUAUAAUUACAGAAUUUUACUUAUUUUAACCACCUGUUUUACCACAAGUAGGAUAUUUUCAUUUCAAACUUACUGUUUGGUCCAUCAAAUUUAUAACUGGUUUUCACUAGGAAUGGUAGUUAGAUAUUCUGAAAAUAUCUUUAAUUAUGUCACUUUCUAUCAUAGCCAAAAAAUUAAACCACAUCAGAAAUUGUUUUUUAUUGACAGUUUAUUCACAAGUAAUCAAGACAUUUGGAAAAUUUAAGUUCACAAUUCUUUAGAAUGAUACAAAAUACGAAUGGUAUUGUCUUAUAUUUAAAGAGAUAUCAAGGAAAACCGUGUUAUGGAAAAGGUGGAUCAAUAGUAAUUAUCACUUUAGUUUGACAUAUAAAUGUAGGGUUUUGGCAAAUUCAUUCAGCUGUGAAACCAUUUAUAUCCAUAGGGGACAAAUUUUCAUGGAGUUUGUAUAUGAACCAGUCCUUUGAAUUUAUUCUCAACAAAAACUUAUAUUCCCAAUUUCUUACUUUAGAACUUGAAAUUCAUGUCCCCCAAGAACCAUUUUGGCUGAAAUCAUGAAAUUUUAUGCCAAGAAGGUUUAAAUGAUUUCACAAUUUUAUUUGAUAAAACCACUACUUAACCGUAACAUUUUGUGGAAAUGUAAGAUUUUUACAGGUUUUUUACAUUGUGGGCUUAUGAUAAAGCACUGAACUUGCUCAA